UUUGUUUCAGUUGUACACUGAACGCUGUAGGGAGCGGUUGUGUCUCCCUUCCGCACAUACAUCGUAAACGUAACACGAUACAAUGACAAUUUAGUGUUUUGUUUUGUUUUUAUAAAUGAAACUGUGUUUUAACAUGCCAAUAUAAAUUUGUUGGUUUGCAAAGUGAUUAUUUUUGGUCUGAACACAUGAUUAUUAUUGAGUGAGAAUUGGUUUUAAGUUAAUCGGAUUUUGAACGAAAGCGAAGGAAAAUGUCAACAAAUACAUUUAUUUCCGCCUCCGGUGAUGUUGCAGUACCUGAUGCUAAAGAUCGUAUCCUAGAACGAGACGCGGGCUUCGUGUCGGGCGGCGAAGAUGACGACUCGUGUUCCGGCCCCGCCCACUCCGACGACUCCGGAGUCAGACUCACCGAGACCGAGUCACGAGUCAAACGGGUCCACUCCCCCACCCGCCAGCCGCCAAAGAAACGUAUCCGCCUCGACUCCACAGAAGACAUAUGCGAAGCGCCGAGAUUCAGACCUUGGUCAUUCGCCGAGGAACCCCAAAAUGAACCCUUAUCUUUAGUGAAGAAAAGCGAAACUAGUCUGCUGAGGCAAAGGCGGAGGCCUUUAGAACCACCUCCGCCUCCAACCCCAACUCUUAUCCCAAUGCCAGAGACCACAGGCCCGCCUAGAGUUCCACCGCAUCCAGGAGUAACCGAUUCGUUUACGGAGAAAAACAAACCGCGAGAGCAGAGGAAUUACAAAAACAUGACAAGAGAAAGGAGGAUAGAAGCCAACGCGAGAGAGAGAACAAGAGUUCAUACAAUAAGCGCAGCUUUCGACACUCUUAGAAAAGCAGUGCCUUCUUAUAGCCAUAACCAAAAGUUGUCCAAACUUUCCGUUCUUCGGAUAGCGUGCGCCUACAUUGCGGCCUUGUCAGCAGCGACAGACCCCGACGCUGACCUCGCGGACGCAGUGGAAAAAGUCACGCAAACCAUACACACGGAAGGAAAACUCAGGAAAAAGAAAGACGAGCCUUGAACGAAAAUCGCGUAGGACUUCAACAAUGGUUCCUUGAAUUUAUACCGUCCUUUGAAGCCUUCGAAGUCAUGGAGUACAAAAACGACAAUAAUUAGCUAUAUACCUAAUAAUUGGUUGUUGAAAAAUAUUUACUUGAAAACUGCGGUAGAUUAAGAAAAGAUAAAUGUUGUUCCUUUUUAAAUUCUGAUAUAUUGGGCUUGAAUCUCAUUCGACUGACACGUAUUGAUAUUUAUCUAGACUUCUUAUUCUGUAUGACAGUUACUACCUAUUUUGCACCAAAUGUUUAAAAUGUGAAUAAAUUUAAUAAAUAACAGCCCUAUACAAAAAUAUUGUACCUUUUUAUCUUACUUCGGAGAUCGGGUAUAUUUUUCUCAAAA